AUGGACGAUGAUCCUUGUCCCCAAGAUGUGCUAAGGAACUUGAUAAACGGUUUGGAUGUCGUAUACGAUCAAGAUGCCAGAGACUUGCCUUGUCAUGAGCGGAAACGGAUUGAUCUUAUAAAUCAAGGAGAGCGGAAGGAGAAAUCAGCAAAGAAUCAAUUUCCCUUUUCUAGAGCAGAGAGAAAAGGAGUGGAGAGUUGUUAUUCUCAGCAGAGAAGCUUUCUUAUUUCUGUCUUUGUUUUAAAUGUAUUAAUAUAUUGGGGAGGAUAUUGGAAGGUGAGUGGUUGCUUCGAUUCCGAGAGAAAAGCUCUCACCACCUUUCGUAAGGCUCUCAACGAUUCCUUCAAUCUUCUCUCUUCUUGGGAUGAUGAUGCCUCUGACUGCUGCAAUUGGAGAGGUAUUACCUGCCACAACAUAACUGGGUUUGUUCUUAAACUCGACCUCUUCGGUUUGGGACUAGGUGGCAGAAUUGAUCCAGCUCUGGUUCAACUGAAGCAUCUUCAGUUGUUGGACUUGAGUUAUAAUGCUUUUAAUGGCGCACCAAUUCCAGAUUCCCUGGGUUCAAUGAAGGAGUUGAGGCAUUUGAACUUGUCAUGGGCAGGAUUCAGGGGAAGAAUCCCUCAUCAGCUUGGAAACCUCUCUAAACUCAUUUCCCUUAAGCUUUCUUCAUUUUCUUUGAGUGCCAAAAACCUUUGGUGGUUGACAAGCCUACCUUCUCUCAAUUACCUCCACAUGUCUUUUGUGAACCUUUCCAUGGCAAGCCAUGAUUGGGUGCACGUAAUGAACAUGUCUCCUUCCCUUGUUGAGCUAAGCUUAUUCGAUUGUGGUCUUUCAUAUAUUUCUCCAACUCUUCCUUCUGUUAAUUUCACAUCUCUCCGUGUCCUCGAUCUCAGUUACAACAACUUCAAUUCUAGCAUUCCAAACUGGAUAGCUAACAUUAGUAGCCUCGUGUCCUUGGAUCUCUCAUACAACAACUUUCAUGGUGAGGUUCCUUAUCAAUUUUCACUACUUCCUAACUUGGAAGAGCUGGGGUUGGGAUCAAUUAAAGAUAACCUCAGGGUUGAUUGGUCAGAGAGUUCCUUGAAGGCAGCUGGAGGAAGCUGAAGAUACUUCAUCUAUCUUUCAGUCAGCUGCUUGGAGGAAUCCCCAACUCUAUUUGGAAUAUGACAUCACUUGAGUCUCUCUAUUUGUCAUUCAGUGAGAAUAUAACAGGUAGCAUUCCAAGAGCCAUAACUAAGCUUAUCAAUUUAGAGAGCCUGUCAUUGUACCGAUACCAAAUGCAUGCGGCCAUUCCUGAUUGCUUAUAUGAGCUAAAACAUCUUAAAAGCCUUACUCUCCAAGAUUGCAUGCUGACAGGC